GCCUUUGCCUUCACAGCACACCCAGCUUAGAAAAAUCUAAACAUUUCAACCAUGCGUUUCCUCAUCGCCUUCUGCCUGAUUGGUGCCGCCUGUGCCCAGUACAACUAUGGAGCGGGAUCCUCGGGAUCGGCCUCCGAUAACAUUCCCAGCUACUCUGGUGGUGAUUCCUACAGCGGAGCCGCCAGCAGCCCGGACUACUCGGUGUCCAGCGAGCUGAACAAGGAGUACUACACCUUCGAGGCCGAUGAGAGUCAGUUCGAGGAUCCUUUGGCCGCCCAGAGAAUUGCCGGUUCCGUGAACAAGGGACUGCGUGUUGUGUUCAUCAAGGGACCCGAGAACCGUGGCCUGGAGAACGCUGCUCUGGCUCUGGCCAAGCAGGCUGCCGAGCAGAGGACCGCCAUCUACGUGCUGAACAAGCAGACCGACAUCGGAGAUCUGGCCAACAAGUUCAAUGCCGCCCGCCAGAAUGCCAACCAGCGCCCAGAGGUGCACUUCGUCAAGUACAGGACUCCCGAGGAUGCCCAGAACGCCCAGCGCGCCAUCCAGUCGCAGUACGACAACCUGGGAGGAUCCAGCCAGUCCUUCAACGGCGGCGUGGCCAAUGCCAUCAACUUCGCCUCCCAGGGAGCUGCCCCCGUUCGCGCCCAGGGCUCGAACUACUCUCCUCCUGCCGCCGCCACGAGCAACUCCUACCUGCCCGCCAACAUCCUGCGUCGCCUGCGCAUCCGUUAAGGACCAAAAACGUAACUGACAGUUGUUAAAUGUGUUGUAGAAAUUAAAUUGAAUAAAUAGAAAAACGAAAAUCGAUAUAAACCAAAAA